GGGAGUUGUUAACGUACAAGUUAAAGCAACAGGCCGAAGCUGCGGACGAUGCCGCGCAAUAUAAAAACAGCGAUCUUUGCGAUAUCUUACAUUAUCAUCUCGGUUAUCAUCCUCCUCAUCAACUAUCAUCAUCUCAAUCGUAAGGAAAACUUGAUGAAACAAGCCCAAGGUGAUGAGAAAAGUAAUCAAAAGACCGGUUUGGGAAAUAAAGUCACCGAGAACAUAAGACUACUCCCUGUGGCCUCUGUGGAAACCCAGCCCAUUACAACAGACAACAACAGUGUCCUCAUGUCACGUGAUGAGAAAGGAUGGAGGAGGUUGAACUGUGGGCCGUCGAAACUCUUCCGCCCGAUUAGUUUGUCCACAGACAUCGGGAACCUGACUUUUUACGGCUUUCUGUCCGCGGAAUACGACCGAACUGUCCCUGAACGUGCGCUGAAGGGAAGAAUGUUUGAGAAAAAAGAAAUCGAGAGUUUUCUAACUCUGUCACGUGACUUGCCCCUCAUCGACGUGGGCGCCAAUGUGGGGCUGGUGGCGCUGCAAGCCGCUCUCCAGAAGAGGACAGUGGUGGCCAUCGAGCCCAUCGCCGCCAACGCGCUCCGCCUUUGUCGAUCUGUUCUCGACUUCGGACACGCCGGCCUGGUGCACGUCAUCCAGAACGCCGUGUCGUCACGCGAGGGACACGUCACUCUGGCCACUCAGGCCGCCAACACCAGCACACUGUUCACGGUCAACGAAGCAGGCAGACAGUUCACACACGACCUGACCCUGGCCUACGCCAUCAAACUGGAUCGCAUCUUGGAGAUGUUACCCUUCCGACGGGCAGCACUCAAGAUAGACGUGGAGAGUCACGAGGGUCACGUGCUGGAGGGGUCACGGGAUCUGUGGAAGACGCUGGACGUGCCGUUGGUGUGGAUGGAGUGGCAGCACGUCAAGGGCCGCGCGACCUUUGGGGGUCAGUUUGUCGUCGACUUCAUGACUGCCCGCAACUUCCGCCCGCACCACGUCAUCUCCGGGAAACUUCUGGAAGGCGACUUCAUGUCCUGGCCCUUCACCGUGCUGUGGCGCCGAUGAGCCUCUGAUCCCGCGAGUUACCUCUCUUAAUAAAAUAAC